AGAUCCAUUGCUUCUUCUUCAAUGGGCUGCUUCAAAUUUCUGAAUCUCAAGCGUAGAUCCAAGAAGUUGUUAAGCAAUGGAAAGCAUCAAAGUUUGUCUGUAACAGAUUUAUCAAUCUGUGUCACAGAACCAGCAAAGGAUUUGAUCCCUGAUCAUCAUGAACAGGACCAGUUAUCUUCCAACUCUACUGUGAUCAAGAGAUUCAGUUGGAGUGAAAUAGAGAAAUUCACCAUGAAUUUUGCUCAUGUGAUUGGUGAAGGAGGAUACAGUACUGUCUAUCUCGGCUAUUUCCCUGAUUUCUCCCUUGGAGCUAUUAAGAUUCAUUGCCAGAGUGAACGCCUUCGCCAUAUCUUCAAGAAAGAACUCGAAGUUCUUCUUCAUGUCCAACACAAGAACAUUGUCAAACUUCUUGGCUACUGCGAUGAUCGAGAAGAAGGUGUUCUGUUAUUAGAAUUUGUUCCGAAUGGAGAUUUACACGAAAAGCUUCAUAAUCAAGAUCGAAAGAAUUCAGUACUUCCAUGGAACAAUCGAAUGUUGAUUGCAUACCAAUUGGCUCAAGCAAUUGAUUACCUUCAUGGAAAUUGCAAACUUCCAAUAGUUCAUGGUGACAUUAAAGCAUCAAAUGUUCUUCUUGAUCAUAAUCUCAACUGUAAGCUCUGUGAUUUCGGGUAUGCAAAGAUGGGUUUUUCUUCAGUAGUUGUUCCAUCUUCCAGGAAUUCAAUAAUGGGUUCUCCAGGUUAUAUAGAUCCUCAUUACUUGAGAACAGGGAUUGUAUCAAAGAAGAAUGAUGUUUACAGCUUUGGCGUGAUUGUUUUGGAAUUAAUAACAGGAAUUGAAGCCUUUUGUACAAAAAAGGAGAAGCUCUUGACAUCAAUUGCUAAUCCAAUUCUUCAAGAUCCAGAAAAAGCAGUAGAAAUGGUAGAUUCAAGAUUGGAGGGUCAAUUUAAAGGUAGGGAAGUAAUAGCCAUGGCUUCAAUAGCUUCACUUUGUCUUCGUCAACAUGCAAGUCUUAGGCCUUCCAUGACUGAUAUCUUGAAUACCAUGAAAGAGUGUAUUCCAUCUGUAUCCUUCGUUGAGGCAGCAGGAAGAUUCAAGGAUAUUGCUACUUCAAAAAUGGAAUUUUGUAAAUAUUUGAAUUGAGAUUUUAUUUCACUAGUUAUUACCAAAAAAAAAAA